AGAGACCACGCCCACAUCGAAGAACUUAACUCCGCCCUGAUGGCAGGAGGCGGUUUGCGCGCGUAUUUCUACGCAUGCGCAACAGCCGACGGAGACUGCGUGUGUGCGUAAGCGGAACAGCGAGGAGAAAAGCUACGGGCCGACUCACAUGCGGGUUGGGUCCAGAGCGUGGCUGGGACAUUUCAUUCAAGAGGGGGUGCUUAGGUGGACGAAACCAUGGGGAAGCUGAACGUCGUUUUGCUUCGCUAUCUUUCUCGAGAACACUUCAGAGUACUAACUGCGGUAAGGAUCACUUGGCGAUCGGUUCCAAGGAGUCAUAAGAGAGGCCUGGACCAGGGCUUGGUCCCUGGUGGCCAAAAACAGGUUGAGGCCGGGUCUGGGUGGUAGAGAUCUGGGAAAUCAUGGCUUCCGCGGGUGUCUUUGCAAACCUCAUGUGCGCUUCUGAAAGCACGCAAAUUGACAUUAACAUUCAACAUGGGUAAGUUUAUCCAUCAAGCAACAAAGAUAAGGAAAUGUUAUGUAAAUUAAAAAAAAUACAAUUAAUUAUCUUGCUGAAUAUUAUGCUUUAACUUUAGUUUUUCAUCCAAGUGGUUUCCUCUCUUCUUCCAAUACCUUGUGCAAGCCCACUUUAUUAUUUUGUUUUCUGUGGUCUUUCUACAGAAUUGCUCCCACUUGAAUCUGCCUGAAUCUUAAAAUCAUCCUAUGAGACCCUUCUCUGCACCUAAUUGAAGAAAGACAUGGGGUGGCCUUUAGAUGCCAAACUUUUCAGAACUGCAUAUAUGUCUUCAUGUUUGAAAAAUCCAUAUUAACACCUGUUCUGUGAGGGCAUGAGCCAGUAUUUAAAAGUAUUAAAUGCAAGCACCAGAAAGGAGGCUGUAUAUUCAAAAACAGGAGGCGUGAUGUAGGAAACUAUGCUUAUCAAAAUAAAGAGUAUUUAUCAGGCUAUGUUUUGCUGUUACAGGUGGAAAUGGGCAUGAAGAACCAUGAAAUAGUCCCUGCCAGCUUGAUUGCCUCCAUUGCUAGUCUCAAACAUGGGGGAUGUAACAAAAUUUUGAGAGAAUUAGCAAAGCACAGGCUCUUGGCUUAUGAACGAACUAAAAGUGAGUAUAAAUGGGGUUCCUGCCCACAGUUGUUUCAGUGGAUUUUUUAUGAAUGCCGCCAUUGGUUGAUAGCCAACACUGAACAAGUGAAAUUCCCCUUCCUGUCAUCCCACUGUGCCCCCUCGUAAACAUACGGUAAAUAGUUAUCCAACACUCCCAAGCACAUGUAGUGGGAAGGAGAGGAAGGAGAGAUCCCAUUGCAUGGGCAGAAAUUGUUCUACCUGCAGACAGGAACCACUGGGUAUCACCUGUUGAAAACUAGAGGAAACCAGCAAUAUUUGGUUGCCAGCCGAGGUGCCUUAAAUAAGUUGUUUCAACUCAUACCCACAUUUAAUUACAUGUUGUUGCUCUGAAUAUAGAAUUCCUCUUGCCUGAACAAUAUGGAUCACAGGGAUUGUUGGGGGAAAAGUUCUCUUUGGAGAGCCAGUGUGGUGUAGUGGUUAAGAACGGUAGACCCGUAAUCUGGGGAACCGGGUUCGUGUCUCCGCUCCUCCACAUGCAGCUGCUGGGUGACCUUGGGCUAGUCACACUUCUCUGAAGUCUCUCAGCCUCACUCACCUCGCAGAGUGUUUGUUGUGGGGGAGGAAGGGAAAGGAGACUCCUUCGGGUAGUGAUAAAGCGGGAUAUCAAAUCCAAACUCUUCUUCUCUUUGGAGGACUGCUGACUUUGCUUAAGUAUUUUUGGUGUUUUAAAAGGACACACUGCAUAAUCAUGAUAAGCACAGUGUGAUGUGAUGCACUUAUUUUACUUCUACAGCUGUCCAAGGUUAUCGAUUAACUAAUGGAGGAUAUGAUUACUUAGCCUUGAAAACUCUUUCUUCUCGACAAGUUAUCUGUUCUGUUGGAAACCAGAUGGGCGUUGGAAAAGAAUCAGGUAUUUUCAAGCUUCGGAUUGGGGGACAGAGUCAUGAAAUGUAGCAGAUAUAUCAAAAAAAGUAGGCACGUACCAAAGUGUAAAUUUUGAAUGUGUUAAAAGCUAUUUUUUUUACCAUGCUUCUAAUUGGACUGAAUCUUUGUUUUAAAGAUAUUUAUAUUGUUGCAAAUGAAGAAGAGCAGCAACUAGCACUGAAGCUGCAUAGACUUGGGAGGACAUCCUUUCGGAACUUAAAAAACAAGCGUGAUUACCACAAGCACAGAAACAAGAUGUCCUGGCUAUACCUUUCGCGUCUUGCUGCAAUGAAGGAAUUUGCCUACAUGAAGGUACUGUUGGUUGUUUUCCCCCUAGUUUUCCUAAAUCUGGGCCCAUCGUAACUAGGCUUCAGCCAGAAGUUACAGAAAGGUCUACACCGGUUUCCUCUAACUUUAUUCUCACCUGUCAAGAUGAUGGGCACGACCCAUUUUUAACUGAUUACUACUUCCACAUGUCCCCAUCCAAUUUCUAAGAUUAUCCAUGGGCUCUUUUUAACGCCUGUACCAUCUCUGAAGCAGUGUUAGCCCAGUGGCAACUCAAUAUGUGUUGGCCGUGAAAAAGGUGAAUUCUGUAAUAAGGGUUACCAGAAAAAGCCGUGAAAAUUAAAACUGGCACCAUUCUUCAUUGUCUGUACAUAAGUCUAUAUUGCAACUACAAUUGGGGAUCCUGUGCCUAGUUCUGAUAAUCUCCACAUCAUGUCUGAGCAGGUAUUUUGAACCUAGAUCUUCUCAAUCCUAGUCUGUUUAGGUGGUUUUAAAGCGGGUAGACAUGGAAGAUAAAGCUGUCAGUGACUAUUAGCCAUAUAGCUAAGUGGAACCUCCAUGUUUUAAGUGGAACAUUCUGAAGGGAUAAGAGAAAGGGAGAGUUGUUGCCUUCAUGGUCUGCUUGUGAUUCUUCAAAGCAUUUGCUCAGUCACUUUGAGAAACUGAAUACUGUGGUACCUCGGGUUAAGUACUUAAUUCGUUCCGGAGGUCCGUUCUUAACCUGAAACUGUUCUUAACCUGAAGCACCACUUUAGCUAAUGGGGCCUCCUGCUGCCGCCACGCCACCGGAGCAUGAUUUCUGUUCUCAUCCUGAAGCAAAGUUCUUAACCUGAGGUACUAUUUCUGGGUUAGCGGAGUCUGUAACCUGAAACGUCUGUAACCUGAAGCAUCUGUAACCCGAGGUACCACUGUACUGAACUUUAGUCAGAUCCUGCAGGCCUCUUAUGUCCAUAUCACAUUCUUACAAUAUGAUGGAUUUUAUUUUUUAUUGUUAUCUGGUGUGCGUUUCUCUUAUAUGAAGCUUAUUUCAUUUGUGCCAUAAACUAGUACUCAGCAUUAAAACUCCAAGUGAGUACAUUAACACACUGGAAUAUUAAUAUGUACUUAACUCAAAUAGAAGGACAUGCACUGAUUUUUAAAAAUACCUUUUUUUCCUUCUUUUGGCCAGGCUUUGCAUGAUAGAAAAUUUCCUGUUCCAAAACCAUAUGACUACAAUAGACACGCAGUCGUAAUGGAACUUGUCAAUGGUUACCCUUUGUAAGUAUGAAGGUAUUUUCUCAGGGGUGCUUCUGUUCAAUAUGAUUUAUAGUUUGCUAGUAGUAGAUGUUUGGACAAAGCAGCAGCAGUGUAAUAGUAACUUUCUUAGGUAUCAAAGUUAAGAAAACCCCUGUAGGAAAGACCUUAGACAUCACUGCAGACUGGGAUUAACAGUACUGUAAUGGGUUUUCGUUAAAAGCCAUUGGUCUGACUUUGUACAUGACAGGGCCUUAUUUAUAUUUUUGAUAACUGGGAAGCAAGCUGUACCUGUAUAUUUCCCUUGACUUCCAUUUCUUAAAUAAUGAAACUAAGAAUUACCAAAAUCUAAACAGUGUUGAAAUUGCUGAUUACUUGGAAAUAUUCACUAGAGCCCUACAUUUCAUACUAAAGCAUGCAGAAGAGACAGUUCCUUAAGAAAGCAUGUAAUUAUUUCCAUAAACCCUGGAUGAUUAAGGAAAGCAGAAAAGAUUGGUUUAAAGGGGUCUUCUAGGCGAACUCUUUUGGCCAUAUAAAGCAACGUGUUAGAAGUAAUUUCCUUUUUAAAAUAAAUGGAGCUCUUUCCCCGUUGAGCAAAAUAAUAUCAAAGAAAUUCUGACUGCAGCAUGGUAUUACUUUUUUCUUCUCCCUCUCUCUCCACAUCUCCCCUCCAACCCCAGGCUGGGUAUUUUAAAAAACAGGUCUUCCAACACAUCUGUCAGUAACAUCAAUAUAAUUCUUUGUAAUGGUAGAUCAUUCCUUCAAAUUGAUUGAUUAAUUGGAAUGUCUAAAACUUUAAAUAAACCUCUGCCCAUAGCCUUGCAAUCUACAAAAAUGGAUGUGGUUGGUAUGUCUGUUCUACACAUUUAGAUGUUGGCACAGCAAGUCAGAAAUGUACGGUUGUAAGAACACAGAAGCGCCCUGCUCAAAGGCCCACCUAGUCGAUCAUCCUGUUCUUACACUGACCAGUCAGGUGCCUAUGAAAUGUUUCCGCUAGCUAUCUUAUUUUUUUUGGAAUUUUAUUGCAUAGUGCAUAUUUUUAUAAUAACUAGUAUUAUUACUGAGACAAUAAAUUAUAAUACCACUGGUUUUAAAUUGUCUUUUGGAUUAUUAUUUUUUAAACAAUACAAAUCACUAAAGUUUGCCCACUAAUGUGCUGACUGCGUGUAUUUGCACAGCGAAAGGCAUUUGUGUCCAAUCUGACCUUCAUUUGUCUUCCUGGAUCAAAACUAAAUUGGCUGCAGCUGGAAAACAAGGUCACGUUAUAAAUGUGAUAUGGUAAGGCAUCUGAAAUGAGCUGCCUAAUCAAAAACGAAUCUAUUUCAAAACUUGAAUUAAUUAAACAUGAAUUAAAAAAAAGAACAUUCCUUUUGAAGUGUUCAGCAGUUCUUGUACUAAAUUUUAAAAGAUUGUAUAGGAAAGGUAAUGCAAAAUAGACAAAGGAUGACUUGAUAGCAUAAAAGGAGACUUUUGUUACCUGUGAGCCAUGAUCAUCCAAAGUCAUCAGCUGAAGAAACUGCUUUGUUAGGUGAAAAUCUAGGGUUGGAUCCUGACUUGUUUUUGAUGGAACUCCACAAACUGGAGGGGGACAUUUUUCAAUUCCCUCUGCGGUCCCCUUGUCCCCUGCCCCAAAUCUGUUUCAGAGGGCUGGGGACCUUCCUGAAUAGUACAUGGCACAGGGGCUGCAGAAAGAAACAGGAUAACUAAAAAUGGUCUCUCCUCUCUUCUCUCCUUUGUCAAUGGGAACGAAAGCUUCCACUGGAUUGGAGCAAAUGGAAGGAGCCCCUCUCUACAGAGGAAGAUGUCUAUGAGUCCAACCCAUAAUUGUUGACUUUACCAAACUUUUUAUUCUCGGAGGCCAAUCAGUAAUUACGUUACUGUGGAGUCAGCUCCUCCCACCCCCAACAGAGAUGUGAUUAAGGUCAAUACGUGUAAAACAGAAUGAGCACAGGAGAUGCAUCUUUAACACAUAUUGUGUGAUGUAGUGAGAAGGAAGGUGUGGGGAACUCUCUUUUCACAACUGCCGCCUUUGGUGCAGCCCAUGCUGCACACUUGUGCCUUAAGGUGUGUUUGUGUUACUCAUUCUCUGAGAGUUUCAAACAUGCCUUAUUUCCAGCAAAGGAGUGUGCCGGGAAAAUGUGAGAAAUGUUUACAAGUAGCUUGUGUCAUUGCUGAGAAGUGAUGGUGCAUGAUAAUUAAUCCAUGUGAUGACCACACAUUUUUCAGGCAUGCUGUGUAAAUCAGUGAAAUCAACAAAUAAUACCCCCAUGUAACCCUAAUACACCUCUUCUACAUAAAAGUGCAAUUUUGUGGGGCCUUUCAUCUAGCUUUCCAGAUGGCCAGCUACUGAGUAGGUUUUGUGAGUGAAUUUUCAGCCGAAUUAGAUUUGAUCUCUCUUAUGCAAAUUCAGUGGACUACCCAAUGUAUCACAUUGGCAUAAUAUUAUUGGUUUUUCCCUCCUAGUUGAGGCAUCCAUUUGAUCAUACCCAUAAUAUUCUGGUGGCUUUGUUUUAUCACGUAGAUGUCAAGUCCAUCAUCUCGAAGACCCUGCCUCUCUGUAUAGCGAGCUAAUGGAAUUAAUCGUGAAACUUGCCAACCAUGGAUUGAUCCAUGGUGAUUUCAGUGAGUUCAAUCUCAUGUUGGAUAGUGAAGAUCGAGUCACAAUGAUUGAUUUCCCGCAGAUGGUGUCAACAUCUCACCCAAAUGCUGAAUGGUAUGUGAUGAGCAGCCUCUGUGUAUUAUCAAGGUGUGGCCAUUUGAUGACAUUGAGCAGGUUUGUGGGGUCCUGGUAAGCCUGGCUUAGCAUGUCGUGCAAACCAGACUGUUGACUGGAGAAGAUGUUUUACGAAUUCCAGAACAGAGCUCAAAAACGUGAAAAGUGGAAUUGAUGCUUGAGUAAUGAAGAACCUAUGGUAGUGGGGUGUUUGUAAAUUGAACGCACCUUUUUAAAGUAACCUGUGAAACUUCUUUUGUUCAGGUACUUUGACAGAGAUGUGAAAUGCAUUCGUGACUUCUUUAUGAAACGUUUCAGCUAUGAAAGUGAACUCUAUCCAACUUUCAAGGACGUAAGGUAAGUUUGUGGGCAUGUUUAGAAACCAAGAGUUGUUUCUCACCUCAAAUUCUACCUCUACACCUGUGUUUCCCAAACUUGGGUAUCCAACUGCUUUCGGACUACAAUUCCCAUCAUCCCUGACCACUGACGGCAGUUGUAGUCCCAAUACAACUGGAGACCCAAGUUUGGGAAACGCUGCUCUUCACAAUGCAUUCAGAUUGUUCCCAGAGAGGCAUUUGUCCUCAUGGAAGUUAAGCCUGAACCGAGGCUCCGUGGAUAGAAACACAAGUUUACAGCCAUGAUUUCUGCAACUAUCACAGUAACAUGCAUUAACUAUUUCUAUUUGAGGGCCUGAGUCACGCAUUACAAUUCUCAUCCGAACGUGUCUCUGGAGAAAGUAGAAGUAAAGUCACUUUAGUGCCAGAUACAGAUCAGAUAAACUAUUGGUUUAUGCAUCUGUCUUAUGCUAAAUAUAUAUGUCAUUUUCUGAUUCUCUCUUAAGCUGUAUGGCAGAGAGGCAAUUGUUUUGCAUCAUGUGCUGUUUGAUAAUCGUGAAAGGAUGGAUGCGUUUCAAUCCACUGAACUACCAUCUUUUUUCAUAUUUAUUCUUCAAUAUCUUAUUCUUCAAUAAAGACUCUCUUCUAGAUCUGGAGGAUGUCUUCCACUGUUCCUCGUUCCAGUCAUGAUUUAAUCCCUUUCAGUAUCUGAUCCUCCUCUUCCCUCCUUUUAAAAAAAGAGCUGAAUUUAUUUGCAACAGACAGCUAAUCUUUUUAUUGGAUUACAGCUGCUUCAGAAUCGCACCUUGGGAUUCCAGUUCUUCUACAGGGGCGGGGGGGGGCAUUUUUUUGUCGAAGUAUAUCACAUCAGGAUGUGCUUCAGUGUAUGGGUAUAAAAUGACAAGUCCAGCAUUACUUUGAUAACUUUGUUCUAAAAGUGUACUUGCAUUAAAUGGAGACUCAGUUCAUGCUUGACUUUUCUCUUUUCCCGCAUUGCCAGGAGGGCAUGUUCUCUUGAUGUCGAAAUUGCAGCCAGCGGUUACACCAAAGAAAUGCAGGAAGAUGAUGAGCUUCUUCACCCAGCCGGCCCUCAUGAUGAGGGCAAUGAAACUGCGUGUUCUCCCGGUGUGCAAGGUUCUGAAGGGGGAGAAACACUAUGUAGUGGCACAGAUCAAAAGACCGAAGGGGACUUCACAGAGGAGGUUGAAGAUGCCACCGAAGAUUUGGGGCAAAGCAGCGAAGAAGAAGAAGAAGAAGAAGAUGAUAGCGCAGAUGAAAGUGAGCAGAGUUUAGAUUUGCGGGAGUUCGCCUGUGCCUUACAACAAGCUGAAGGGCAAAUUAUUGCUGCUCGAGACAGGGCUAAUGCAGGCUGCUCUGUAAUUGAUUUUUCUGAGGAUGAAAAGAAAAUUGAAAAAUCUACCAAAAUUGAAGAUCAAACAGGUCAGGGAGAAGAGCCUGCUGACAAGGACUGCAAAGAUGAAUGCCCUGAUCUGGUUGACUUGUCAACAUUAAACAGAGAAUUCAGGCCUUUCAGGUAUGAAUUUAUAUUGAUCAUUCAGGGUUCUUCAGAUACUGGGUUUUUUGCUUGUUUUUCCUCUUUCCAAAACGGAAGCUCCCCAAGCGUUGAGCAUAUUUCUUUUCCGAAACUCUCCCAUCAGAUUCAAAGCAGUGGGUGCGUUUUAAAUAGUAGCAUGUUUUUGUUACAAUGUAAUAUUCAGGGACUAAUUGAAUAGAAAUGUUAUACAUUACUUGAUUCAUCACUGGCAUGCUUUGACCCUCAUGGAGAAAUUUUAAAAUGAUACCAGCUAUAAUCUCUCGUACAUUUUGUACUCAUGUCAACUUGCUCCUACUUGAUUUGCUCUGCUAGUGGAGGGAGCACAAAUUAUUCAUUGCAUCAGGCCCUGCCUUAUUGCUGCUUUCAGAUACUGUUCCCUCUUCAUCAGUUCUGUUGGCCAGGAAAACCUUCGCUAACAAAAUUGCCUAAGCUGAGUAGUUAACCACACUGCCCAGCCUGCAUUUUGUUUAAUGAAAUGAGACUUUUAUUGGCUUCUUACAUAGAAAACUGAGAUUGCAAAAGGAGGCUGACAGGUCCUUACGCUGCCUUCGUUGGAAGUGAAGUCACUCAAGGCAUGGCAGGCUAGGGCAGAGAGUGAGCCUGUGCCAGUCUUAGUGCCUGUUUGCAAGCAAUAAAGAUUCAAGAGCACCUUUGGGUCAACGAUAUUCAUGCCAUACGAAACGAACGUCCUUGAGACCGGAAGGUCUGUUGAACAAACCCAUUUCAUUCUCGCAAGUUUUGUGUAGGUGAAUAUCCUGGUGGAUUGUGUCCAUUAUCAAUAUAUGUUUGGGUGAAAUAGUUGCUGUUUCUAAAUGUAAAUGUUGCAACUGAAUCAUCUUGGAAGAGUUGACUGGUAAAAGUUGGAUUAAAAAUGGCUGACUACAAGCAUCUGUUCUGUAUUGCAGAAAUGAGGAAAGCCUAUGUCACAUCAAUGACCACAGGACAAGAACUACUAGCAUGACUUCAGUAGGCAGUAUGGGAAGUCGUUCAACAAUUCCUCCAGUAAGUCCUACAUAAGUAAUGAGAAAACUGUGGCCCUCCAGAAAUUCAUUGGACUGCUGCUCCCAUCAUCCCUAGCCUUGCAGCUUGGGGCUGGUGGAAGUUGUAGUUCAACAUCACCUUCCUACUUUAGAUAAUGCUCCAAGACUUUGAGCUCAGUCGCACAAAAUCUUCCCCAGCACGGCUGCUGUUUAUUUCAUUAGGACAUUGCAGGCCAGUGGAUUAUGCCUUCAGUUAACUUGUUAUGUCUCUCACUGAGCUAUGACCCUUCUUUCACCUGAUACUGAUCAGGUGGUGAAGAAAAAGAGGGUUCUUUCUCUGUAUUCAUAAGUGUAAAUGGCUGGGGAUUUUUGAAAGCACAAUUAGAAUUAUUCUGAAACUUGCAAAAGUUGUUACCUUCUAGUCAAAUCCAGAUCCGUUCUUGCUCCUGAAAGCCUAAGAUAAUGAACUGUUGUCAUUGUCUCUGAAGGUCAUUAGUUUCCGCUGUUAAAGAUAUAAAAAAAAUUUAAAAUAUUAUCUUGCUCCACUUAAAGCAUAAUGCCAAGGUUCCAGUGCUUCAGCCACUGUUGUGUGUAACCCAGUUUUGAAUCACUGCCACCUCCGCUUUCCAAGCAGGUGGUAUACUGCAUACAACCAAGGGGUGUGGGGAGUUUCCCCAGACACCAAACAGCAUAUUAGCAGCUUUGGUUGAUGCUUCAUGUGUAUACUCCAUAAGUCUUUAUUGAGCUGUGGUGGUUUCAUUUAUCCUAAAGUGCCUCUAUGUGGCUUGUAUAAGUUACUCAGCACCUUGGGAUACUGGGUGGAGAAAGGUUAGAGAAAACAUGGGGUGUGGAGAUUCAUAUUUCAUUAUCUUUUAACAUAGGCAAUCAAGCAAUAUUUUUAUUAACAGGUUCUAAAAGAGCCUUGCAUUUUUAAAUAGUAGUAACAGGAGAAUUCUGUUGAAACCCCCCCCCCACACACACACGUCAUCCAAGCUAAAUUAAAUUUUGCAAUUAGAGAUCAUGAAUAUAAACAGAAGGGUCCUACACAUUUGUCGGUCAGAUUGAAUCUCCAGCUUAUCCCAGGGGGGUGGAGGAAUCUGCUUUAUUUUCUUGGACACCCACCAGGACACUCCCCCCCCCCAACUAGAUUGAGAGCACUCUGUCUGACAAAGGCACUGCUUUCUUCUUUUUUCAUUACCAACUGGGAAUAGUAUACCAGACCCUAAGAGUACAAUCCGAAAGGGCCAGCGCAUUCCACUCCUGGAGCCCAGCAAUCUGCUGACAAAAGGGAUGGACUGAAAACAAUUCUUUGUCUUCCAAAUUCUUUAAAUUCCUAGUAAAUGGUUGCUGCUAGACUAACCAAAAGGAGGGAAGUAUUUCUGCAGAAAGGGGGGAAAGCAACAACUCAAAAAUAAAAGAAUUCUAAUUGCACAUAGACACUGUUCUUAAGUCUCAUUGAAACAGAUCAUUUUCAGUACUCAAAAACAGUUGCUUGCACACCUGUGUAAGAGAUCUUUUUAAGGAAAGACUGGGACAGAAAGGCAGGUUGGAAAAAUGCAGGCAAAGGGCACAGAACCUUCCCUAUCAAAUGCUCCCCUCCCUUGCACUCUGUAGAAAUACCUUCCUUUAGUCCUCUUUGCAAUGAACGGAGGGUUGUGUUGCGAGCUGGAUUUUACCCCUUGAACCAUGCUCAUGUGUCCACACCUGUGUUGAACCACCCUGUGAGCCUGAGGAAUAUGGCAAGCUAUAUUGAAAUAAGUUUUUUCUUGCCAACCCCAUCCAGCAAAGUGUCCGUCUUCUCACCAUUCUGGAUACAGGUCCAGCUGACAGCUGGGUCACUUGCAUUUUCCCCAAUCCUCUUGUUUGCAUCGGUGGGUGAUAGGGAUGCUUAUAUCAAUUUAUUUCUCACUGUAAGGUCGCAUCCUUCCUCCAAGGAGCUCAAGGCAGUGAAUGAGCAGCAGCUGCCAGCAAAGGAAGGUGAUUGGACCCAACGCCACGCCACCCUGUGAGCUUUGUGGCAGUGGGGUCUUGAAGCCGCCCAAAGUCUUGCAUUCUGAUAAUUUAUGCCCCGUUGGCUCCUGCCUGUGUAGGGCUGUCCUUUUCAUAUCUGAACCACGGCUCUGUAGUCAACCUAAAGCUUCUAUUGACACAUUGAACUCAGGAUAGCUCAGUUGGUAGAGUAUAAAACUCUUAAUUUCAGGGUCGUGGGUUUGAGCCCCACAUUGGACAGAAGAUUCCUGCAUUGCAGGAGUUUGAACUAGAUGACCCUUGUGGUCCCUUCCAACUCUUGAUUCUCUGACACGUGCAAACAAAUGUCCAAGUUACGUAGAUCGGUGCAGUUUGUGAGGAAUUCAUUAGUUGUCUCAGCCACAAGGGGGAGUAGUAUUCUUCCAAACUAGCUCAAAAUUCUCAAGAUUCCGAAAAUGUUCCAGCUUGCUUUUGCGUGUCUUCCCUCUGUCGUUGCACAAUGCCACUGGCCAGUUUUUUUACCCUGCCCAGGUUGUUUAGACUGAGAAACUAUUGUUCAUUAAUUCCAGAAAAGCCGCUGCCUGUUAAAGCUCAUUAAACCGUGCAUUUGUUUUGUGCCAUGUCACCCCUUGUAUCCAACCUAUUUUGAGUUCUCAAAGGGUCACUUGACUUGCAAGCCAGACCUAACGUCUGGGUUUUGAAAAUGUCUUGCAGGAGCUGAUAAAACAAAAGAUCAAGCGCCAGCUGACGAAACAGCAAAAAGCUGCUCUGAGACGGCGGUUGCAGAAAGGAGAAGCAAACGUUUACACAAAACAGCGACGGGAACACAUGCACAACAUCAAGUCGAGUUUGGACACAGCCAGCUUCUGGGGCUGACAUCCUACAGAAAGAUCUUCCUUCUUUCCCCAUGCCUUGCAAAUCAAUGAAAGAGAUGGCUUUCUGCUUAACCAACAUGUCAAGUUGUAUUCUUUCUGUUGUAGCCUGAGACAAGCCUUCAAGGCCUACACUCUGGCAGACCCAAGUUCAGAUGCGCCCAGUGAGAUUUCUUAUUCGUUUUGGUUUUUUCCUUGAGAUGGUUCACACUUACUGGAGUGCUUCACUAUGCUUGUUGAGAGCAGGAGGCUCCAUCUUGCAUGGUGGCCCAGAUCCUGCCCCAGGAGCCAGCUGGCUGUGUUACUUGGCUUUCAGGAAGCCCGCUUCUAGAGGAAUCCACUCACAAUUUACUAUGCCGCUUUGUUCAGAAACAGAAGCCCAAAUACUUCCACAGGCAAUAAAAUUGUCAGAGAAAGCAAACUUAGGGCAGCGAACUCCCAGUUUUCAGGUGGCUAGACUGAAAAUAUAACCCAUCUGCGUAUAGACACAAGGCUCAGUGAGUUCAGUUUAGCACACUCCAUCGAUUGGGUGCAUAGGAUUUGUAUUGCUUAGAUGCCCAUGUAAGCCUGCAAUCCACCUAAACGUGCUUUUCAGAUAGUAGGGUCCAUUAGAUGAGGCGUAAAAUACCGUAUUUUUUGCCCUAUAGGACGCACUUUUUCCCCUCCAAAAAUGAAGGGGAAAUGUGUGUGCGUCCUAUGGGGCAAAUACAGGCUUUCGCUGAAGCCUGGAGAGCGAGAGGCUCUCGCUCUCCAGGCUUCAGGAAGCUCUGCGCAACCCUCCGGAGCCCGGCGCAAAGCCAUGCCGGCCUCUGGAGGGUCACGCAGAGCUGCCUGCCCUCCCGGGCUCCGCGCAGCUCUGCGCGACCCUCCGGAGCCCGGCGCCAAGCCGCGCCGGGCUCCAGAGGGUUGCACAGAGCUGCCUGCAUUCCAAAGCCUCGGGCGCGCUGAAGAGCGUGCCCGGGCUUCGCACAGCUGUCCGCAAGCCUGGGGAGACCAGCGCGACUCCCUAGGCUUGCGGAUAGCAGGCUGUUCUGGGGUCGGGGGAAGCUCGAGCUUCCCCCGCGCCAGCCCUGUGCCUGGGGGGAGGGAAAUAAUUUUUUUUUCUUUAUUUCCCCCCAAAAAAACUAGGUGCGUCCUAUGGGGCGAAAAAUACGGUAAGCACAAGUUUACAAAACAUGGGAUCAAACUGCAAUAAUCUUAAGGAGAUGAUUAUAAGGCUAGUGCAAAUCUAUGGGCUCAAAUCUGACAUUAUUAGAGCAUUCCAUAACCCUGUUUAAAGUUACCCUGUUAUCUUCACUUUGGCUCAACUGCCUUGCUUUGCAACCCCAUAUAUGUUUACUCAGAGGUAAGCCCUAUUGAGGUCAGUGGUACUUCCUCCCAGGUAAUUGUGUUUAGGAUUGCAGCCUUGCAAUAAGUAAUGUAGCACCUUCAACAGUAUCUUCAUUUCUAAACUUGAACAAAGGCUCACAAGCUUUUCAUGACUAGCAGAGCUUUGAACCUAGAAGCUCUUACUCGAUUUCUCUCGGCACUUCCAAGGUUUCAUGCGUAAAUCCUGCCCAAACUGACAAGUAAUAAAAAUGAUGUUGCACAGGCCUGGCUGGCACUCGGAUCUCUAAGCAGCUCUGUGCAGCUGCUAAUAAAUUUUGUUCACGUACAUUCAACAAUGUGCUAGAUAGCCUCUCGCAAAAUACCUUGGAAACCCAGUAGCCAGGAGCACUUGGCUGAAGUGUGGGUUUAAAGUGCAUAAAAGAUGUUUAUCUAGCAGAAAUAGAAGCAAACUCUUGUUAUGCUGAAUCUACCUUGUUAGUAAUAAUAAUAAUUUUAUUAUUUAUACCCUGCCCAUCCAGCUGGGUUUCCCCAACCACUCUGGGCGGCUUACAGCAUAUAUUAAAACGUAAUAAAACAUCAAACAUUAAAAACUUUCCAAAACAGAGCUGCCUUCUAAAUGUUGUGUAGUUCUUUAUCUCCUGGACAUCUGAAGGGAGGGUGUUCCACAGGGAGGGCAUCUAAAACUGUUACAACUAAAGCUGUAUGGGAUAAGUUUAAGAACUCCAGAAAGGAGGGGAAAGACUUUUUUAAAUAAAUAAAAAAAGGUGUGGUUUCUGUAAAAACAAUAAAAUGUAAAUCAGAAAUUUAAAGAUAAUCAGGCCAGCUGGGGCCAGCAUAUUUUUAAAUUCAUGUUUCCUUCUAUUCUGCACUAUAGCUUGAAUCACCUUCGUGAAGUUCAGUUUAUGAUAGUUUCUGUGAGUGUAUUUAAUAUAGCAGCUGAAGUCUUAAAAAUGUGGGGUGG